AUGAAAACCGAGCUGGUCUCCUUAUUAACGAUUCUAUCCUUUCUGAAACCUAUCGUUCCCGCCGCGAGCGCACAGGAGGCGCCGCUGUCAUUGGAAAAAAGCUCAAUUUUUGACAGCGAUAUUGCCGUCGAGGCUGGGAGCGGAACCUACGGUGAUGAAUUUCUCAGCGGAUCAGAUCAAGCGGAACUCGCCAUCGAGGGAGGUGAUGCCACUUCUUCCCAUGAUCAACGGACCACGACAACAGAUCAUUCUCCUUGGUCCUACAAACCAGUCUGUACCGACUACCUGGAUGAGCUAGGAGACCAGCUGUGCGUCUACACAGACACGACUUUCAGCAAUGGCCGAGGUAUAUCCAUAUUCACGACGCCGCAAAUCGCCCAGGAAUUCGCCUCUCUUUUGCCCUUUCAGGAUCCCUCUGCGCUUUCGUCCCGCGGCAUCAACCCGGGCAGCGGCAAUGUGGACAACAUGCCAUGGUACACGGCCCCAAUCCCGGGCAAAGGGGUGGGCAUGCUGGCUUCGCGGAGUUUGCAGCGAGGCGACCUCAUCACGGCCUACACGCCGUAUCUGCUAGCGCACAUGGAGAACGUCCUCUCCACGCCCGAGCGCGAGAGAUUCCUCCGGGUAGCUCUCGACCAGCUCCCUGCGGCCAGCCGGGACGUCUAUCUCGGCCUCGCGAAGAUCUACGGCGAGCCAAGCGUCGUGGUCCAGGACGUGGUGAAGGCGAAUGCGUUCGAGAUGCAGAUCGGAGGGCAGAUGCAUCUGGCUGUGUUCCCGGAAGCGUCGAGGAUGAACCACGCUUGUGCGCCAAACGCACAAUACUUCCUCUCUCCAGGGCUGCUCACGCACUUCGUCCACGCGGUGCGCCCGAUCGCCAGAGGCGAAGAAGUGACGAUCUCCUACGCGCCGCCGCUGCGGCUGCACGCGGACCGGCAAGCGUAUCUGCAGUCAACAUUUCAGUUCACGUGCACGUGCGCGCGCUGCACGCACAGCGGCGACAGGACGCUCGAGGACGCGGACAAGGCGACCGAGGACAUCAUCGCGCUGCAGUGGGCGCUGUCGCAGUGGGGGUCUAACUCGACCGCCAGCGUCAAGAAGGCCGAGAUGCUGGUGGGUCUGUACAGACAAGAAGGCCUCGACGCCUUCUUGGACGACGCCUACGGACACGCUGCCCUCACGUACAAUGCCGUGGGCAGCGCGAGGGGCGCGAAGAAGUACGCAAAGUUGGCCGCCGAAGCCGCGAGGUUGAAGUACGGGCCUGACGCCGAGGCGGCGAUGGAGUGGGACAGGAUAAUGAAGGAUCCCAUGGGGCAUUCCAGCUGGAGAAGGAGGAAGACAGGAUAG